UGGAAUUUCAGCCUAAACUGUGCAUUCAAUUCAACUAUGUGGAGGAGACCAGAUAAGUUAGAAAUACAAAAUACAGCCAGGUGCAGUACCAGGCGUCAUGAACAUGCUACUCUAUAAGUAACAUGGAGACACCAGCAAAGAAGAAAUUUACCAUCAGGUACCAGCACAGUCUGUCUGUUCUCAAGCCAUUCCGCACCACGCACAGUCACCAACAUCCGAUUGAUAAUGCCGGCUUAUUUUCCUUCAUGACUUUGAACUGGAUCACGCCACUUGCAAGAAAGGUUUAUCGUAGUUCUAAACUUCAUAUAAGUGAACUUUGGGGUCUGCCAUCACAAGACUCAUCAGAAGUAAACAGUUGGAGGCUACAGAAACUUUGGGAAGCAGAACUCCAGAAGCGUGGGAAGAGGAAAGCAUCUCUCACCUUGGUGCUAUGGCGUUUCUGUCGAACCAGAUCCUUGCUGGCUUUAUUGUCUCUGAUUAUAACCAUGGUAGCAAACUUUAUUGGCCCAGCUAUCUUCAUCCGUGCACUUCUUGAGUACACAGAAACAGUUGAAUCUAAUCUCCUUUAUGGGCUGCUUAUAGCAUUUGGUAUUUUUAUAGCAGAGCUUGUAAGAUCUUGGUCUUUUGCACUUAACUGGACAAUGAAUUAUAGAACAGGAAUUCGACUGAAAGGAGCCGUUUUAUCAUUGGCUUUUAGAAAGAUACUAAAACUUAAAGUAUCUAAGGAUGUUACAACAGGAGAGCUAGUCAACAUGUGUAGCAGUGAUGGUCAACGAUUAUUUGAAGCCGCCUCGGUAGGUUGUAUGCUUGCUGCCAGUCCUUUCAUCGCCCUCUUGGGACUGCUAUACACAGUGUUCUUUCUGGGACCUACAGCACUAAUAGGUUCUGCUGCAUUUAUCUUGUUUUAUCCACUAAUGAUGUUGGCAUCAAGACUAACUGCAUAUUUUAGGAAAAAAUGCAUAGGGAUCACAGAUCAAAGAGUACGAGUUAUGAAUGAAAUCUUGACCAGCAUUCAAUUUAUCAAGAUGUAUGCAUGGGAGAAAACAUUCAAGUGCAAUAUUCAAGCCAUCAGAAGAGCGGAGAGGGUUUUCUUGGAAAAAGCUGGAUAUGUUCAGAGUGUCACAUCAGGGAUAGCCCCUGUAGUGGUAGUGAUAGCUAGCGUAUGCACUUUUACAUUGCAUAUGACUCUUGGAUAUGAUCUGACAGCUACACAGGCAUUCACAAUUGUUACUGUGUUCAAUUCCAUGACAUCAGCUCUGAAGAUGAUUCCUCUUGCUGUAAGAGCAGCUUCAGAAGCUUCUGUGUCCAUCUCUAGAUUUCAGAGAUUAUUCUUAAUGGAAGAAAUUGAUACUAAGAAUAAUGAGAAAAUAGAGCCCUAUUCUGUUGUUGAAUUUCGAGAUGCAUAUUUGACGUGGAAGUCAGCAGAACUGGAUACAUGUAAGGAUAUGAAAACUCAUACAUCAGAAGAUCAAGCAGCUAAAAGACAACUUAUUCAGCUUCAUUCGGCAGAUCUGACAGAUAAAUGUUUAACUAAUGGAAAUCCAGUUAUCUAUACUUCUGAAGCAAAACAAACUUCGUUUUCCACUAAUAGCUUGGCUAUUCCUAUAUCAAUGGGUUUACCUGUACUACACAACAUUAGCUUUUCUCUGCAAAAGGGCAAACUUGUAGGAAUCUGCGGGAGCGUUGGGUGUGGUAAAAGUUCUUUGAUAUUAUCUGUUCUAGGUCAGAUGACCUUACUGGAAGGCACAAUAUCAGUAAGUGGCAGUACUGCCUAUGCGGCCCAGCAAGCCUGGAUUUUCAAUGCAACCUUAAGAGAAAAUAUUUUGUUUGGAGAAACAUAUGAUGAAGAAAAGUACAAUAACACACUGGAGGCAUGCUGCUUAUAUCCUGAUAUUCAGUCUCUGCCUAAUGGAGACUUAACUGAGAUAGGAGAACGUGGAAUCAACCUAAGUGGUGGUCAGAGGCAGCGGAUCAGCUUGGCUCGUGCACUGUAUAGCACAAGUAGCAUUCUUCUCUUGGAUGACCCACUCAGUGCUGUAGAUGUGUAUGUGGGAGCGGAGUUAUUCAGCAAGGCAAUUAAAACUGGAAUGAAGAACAGGAGUGUCCUAUUUGUUACUCAUCAAUUACAGUACCUUGUGGAGUGUGAUGAAGUUUUAUAUAUGAAUGAUGGGUACAUUUCUGAGCAAGGAACACAUGAGGACCUAAUAAAUUUAAAGGGUGAUUAUGCUCUUUUAUUUGAGAGUAUGGAGCAAACAAAUAUUGUUAAAGGAAAUACACAACAGACUGAUGAUACUAAACAGAAUACAGAUCAAGACAUGACAAGGAAGGGUUGGAAUCCUGAAGAUAUAAAUCUCCUCAAUUCAACAAGCACAGAUCUUUCCACUGAGACAUCUGGAAUAAAAGAGAAUGAAGCAGAAGGGGAUAGUUAUAUAAAUGACCAUGUAAAAGAAUCAGAAACAGACAUGGCACCCCAAAGAUAUGGUGGUGAUGAGGAGGUGGUCCAGGGUCUUAUGCAAGCUGAAGAAAAGAGUGAUGGCACUGUACCCUGGAGGGUAUACGCAGCAUACAUUAACGCGGCUGGAGGGGUGCUCAUAAUCACCAUGAAUAUUUUUCUGUUUGUACUAACCACAGGUAGUGCAGCCUUCAGUAACUGGUGGCUAAGUUACUGGAUUAAACAAGGCAGUGGGAACAUGUCUGUUGCUACCGCUAACUGGACUCGGUCAGGUGGAAGUAUGAAAGACAACCCUGACCUGCACUUUUAUAUUUCUAUUUAUGCCAUGUCUAUGGUGGCUGUUAUUUUGCUGAGAUUUGUACGAGGCUAUGCUUUUGUUAAGAGCACUCUGAGAGCCUCAACUAAAUUACAUGAUGUUCUAUUCCAAACUCUCCUCCGUAGUCCUAUAAAAUUAUUUGAUACAACUCCUCUUGGCCGUAUUCUGAACCGAUUCACCAAGGAUGUGGAUGAAGUUGAUAUACGCCUUCCAAACCAAAUGGAGCAGCUCAUGCAGAAUAUGAUCCUUGUCCUCUUCUGCCUCGGCAUCAUUAGUUCAGUAUUUCCCUGGUUUCUCAUAUCUGUGGUACCCCUGAGUGUGCUCUUCUACAUAGUGAACAGAGCUUCCAGAGUGCUAAUUCGUGAAUUAAAACGCAUGGAUAAUAUUAGUCAGUCUCCAUUCAUAUCUCAUAUCACAUCGACCUUACAAGGAAUAACAACUAUACAAGCCUAUAAUAAGACAAAGGAUUGUCUUAAUACAUAUCAAAAACUUCUAGAUGUCAACCAAGUGCCAUGCUUCCUCUUCAGCUGUGCCACACGUUGGUUGGCAGUGCGUCUGGAUCUGAUUAGCCUUGCUGUCAUCACUUUGACUGCCAUUUGUGUGGUGUUCAUGCAUGGAACCAUUUACCCAGCCUAUGCAGGCCUUGCCUUGUCUUAUGCAGUCCAGCUUACUGGACUGUUUCAGUUCACUGUGCGGUUGGCCACAGAGACAGAAGCCAGAUUUACUUCACUGGAAAGAAUUAAUUACUAUAUAGAGAAUCUGGAAUCAGAAGUGCCUCCUCACAUCCAUACAAAGCCUCCACCAGAAGAAUGGCCCCAACAUGGAAGAAUUACAUUUGAAAAUGUUGAAAUGCGUUACCGUGAUGGCCUCCCUUUGGUUCUGAAGAACAUUUCAUUUAGUAUUGAGCCACAAGAAAAGAUUGGGAUUGUGGGAAGAACUGGGUCAGGCAAAUCAUCCUUGGCAGUGACACUGUUUAGACUGGUUGAACUGUCUGGAGGUACCAUCAGCAUUGAUAAUGUGCAUAUUGACACAAUUGGACUGGAGGAUCUAAGGAGAAAACUUUCCAUCAUCCCUCAAGAACCAGUUCUUUUUGUUGGAAGUGUCAGGUGGAAUUUGGACCCAACAAACCAGUACACUGACAAGGAGGUGUGGAAUGCAUUGGAAAGGACUCACAUGAAAAAACAUGUAGAACAGUUGCAUGGAAAGCUACACGCUCCUGUGACAGAGAAUGGAGGCAAUUUCUCAGUUGGAGAACGUCAGCUUCUGUGCAUGGCGCGGGCUUUACUGAGAAACAGUCAGAUAUUAUUGUUAGAUGAAGCAACUGCAGCAAUAGACAAUGAAACUGAUGCACUGAUCCAGGAUACCAUUAAUGAUGCAUUUAGUAAAUGCACGGUGCUUAUCAUAGCUCAUCGCCUCAAUACUGUGCUCCACUGUGACCGGAUAAUGGUGAUGGACCAUGGAAAAAUCCUGGAGUUUGACAAGCCCUCAGUCCUGUUGUCCAAUGAGAACUCUACAUUCCAUGCCAUGGCAGUCGCAGCAGAAAGAAGAUCUUUUUGAUCAUCAUUAGACAGAUCCCAAAUUAAAGAAUGAUAUUAUAUGUGGUAUUAAAUAAUUAUAGGUCACAAUAUCGGGACAUUUAUAUGACCAAGAAAUUUACACAUAUACAUAUAUAUAUAUAUAUAUAUAUAUAUAUAUAUAUAUGUAUAUAUGUUUUACCAAUAGUUGCUGGGCCUACAUAUAAGGUGAACAUAUAAGAGGGCCAGCAACCAACCGCAAAGGCUGUGAUUCCAUUUAUGGUUAUGUAAUGCACUACAGACAUAAGAUACAUAUCAUUACACUAUACAGUAUAAUGUUUAUAAACACGAUGUGUAACAAAUAAGACUCUCUCUCUCUCCACUCUCUUAUUACGUCACAGCCAUUGGUUGCAGCCAGUCACAUGAUAAAUAUCACGAGGUAUGGAUUAUUUUUGGCUUU